AGGAAGCAGUGUAUCCCUGAGCUCAGCCACUGCGACGGACCCUAUCGGCACCGGACUGCUCGCCAUUUUCAUCUGACAUUUGAGGACUAACACACACGUUUAUCCGUCAUAAGGCGUUCCUCCGCGGCGACACAGAGCUCCAUGACGAUGGAAAUGGAGGUGAUGCAUUCCAGUCAACAGGACAUGAACCUGAUCGACAUACUGUGGAAGCAGGACAUUGAUCUCGGGGCCAGGCGCGAGGUGUUUGACUACAACCACCGCCAGAAGGAAUAUGAGCUGCAGAGGCAGCUGGAGCUCCAAGAAGAGAAGAGGCUGCAUCUGCUCCGGGAGCAGGAGAAGGCCCUGCUGGCGCAGCUACAGCUCGACGAGGAAACGGGAGAGUACAUACCCCGCCCGCCGCCCAGCGCCCCACUGCAGUCGGCUGUCACACCUCUUGAGGUUACACAGAAUGUCAGCUUCACAGAGGAGAGCGGUGAUGCCAUGUCAUUUGAUGAAUGUUUGCAGCUGCUGGCGGAGACAUUUCCUGUAGAGGAAACCGAGAACACCUCCGUCUGCCUGGACACACCUGCCGCUUCAUCUCCCAUGAUGUCGCCGGAGCAGCCAGCUCUGCUGCCGGCCAUGCUCUCCCCAGGUCGACUAUCACCGCCAUCGCCACAGAGGAUGUCCCCAGAUUUGGAGCAGGCCUGGAUGGAGCUUUUGUCCCUCCCAGAGCUGCAGCAAUGCCUGAACAUGCAAAUGGAGGACACACUGGAGAGCACAACGUACCCUCUUCCAAACAGCCCAGAAGUACAGAAUCCAAACUUCACUUUUUACCCCAUGACCAGUCUCACGGAGGGUGAAACAAACAACGUAAAUGUUUGUCCUGCAGAGUUUAUGAAUACAUUUGAUGGCUCUGUUCCCAGCAUGGCUCCACAAGACAAUCUCAGUCAGAUGAAAGCGAAAGCUCCUCAGUCAAAUACUGACUUCACUGCAGAAGGUUUCUGUGACGUGUUUUACCCCAACGCCAUUCUGGAAGAGAGCGGUGGUCAACAUGGCCUUGAAGGAAACGAAAGUGACACCAUGUCUGAUAUUCCAAACAAGCCCCCCUUCACACCAGUGGACCUUUACAGCCUCUCACCUGGAGAUGCAUUUGACAGAGGCAAACAAAGCGUGAUGGCUGAACUGCCGGACUCAGAUUCAGGAAUCUCUUCAAACACAAGUCCAAACGCUAGCUCACCUGGGAAGUCUGUGUAUGGAGAUGGCUCCUUCCUUUACAGCGAUUCAGAAAUGGAGGAGAUGGACCACAACCCUGGAAGUGCAGAAUCUGACUACUCUGAGAUAUUCUCAAUAAAUUUUCAACCUGAUGAUCUUCAGUCAGCAGUUUCUGUAUCUGUGCUAACAGGGCAGCCACAGCAGCAGCAGGGAAAGAAACCCAAACAGCACAAGAUGGACCCGGCAGAGGAGAGCGGCCACAGCAACGCCCCCUUCACCAAAGACAAGCAGAAGAAACGCUCCGACGUGCGUCUCUCCAGAGACGAGCAGAGGGCCAAGGCCCUCAAAAUCCCUUUCACUGUAGACAUGAUUAUCAACCUGCCCGUCGACGAUUUCAACGAGCUGAUGUCAAAGCACCACCUGAACGAGGCCCAGCUGGCCCUGGUCCGAGACAUACGCCGCCGCGGCAAGAACAAGGUCGCGGCCCAGAACUGCCGCAAGCGCAAGAUGGAUAACAUCGUGGGUCUGGAGGGCGAGCUGGACUCACUGAAGGAGGAAAAGGAGCGCCUGCUGAGCGAGAAGAGCCAGAACACUGCAAACCUGAAGGAAAUGAAGCAGCAACUCAACAGCUUGUACCUGGAGGUCUUCGGCAUGCUGAGAGACGAGAAGGGGAAUUCCUACUCCCCGUCCGACUACUCCCUCCAGCAGUCGACCAACGGCAGCAUCUUCCUCGUUCCUCGCAUUAAAAAGACUUUCAUCAAGAGCGAAGACAGCCGCUUGCCUCCUGUGUAACAUGGUACUGCAUUAUCAUAGUAAUACUAUGCAAUAACUUUGUAGUUGCUCAGCUUUAAAGCAUAAGUAGCUCAGCAGAACUAUUGAAUAGUUUUUGCUCACUUCUUUUGAAUGUUGUAAUAUUUUUGAUAUUUUACUUCUUUUGUACUGAAACCCUUCACAGAUUCUUUAACCGACAUUGUAAAUACAAGCAUUACUUGCUUUUGAGAUUGAUAAAAAAGUUACUGUAUGUGUACAUAUAUAUAUAUAUUGUAAAUAUCAUAUUUCUGUAUGCUAAUGGUUGUUUCAAUCAUUGUUACUCAUAUUUUAUAACUGUUCCUUUAUGAUUUGCUGCCCAGGUUCUUUUAUAAAAUCUUGACUUCUGUGCUUUUCAAUAAACUAUUCAUAUAGC